AUGAUGACCAAUCUUUAUACAACGAUCCAAACUCAUUCUAGCUUGCCUGAUAUCCACCAACCUAUCGGUUUGUUUCUUGAUAAUGAUUUUGUUCCCUCAUCUAAUGGUAACAAGUAUAAUUCUAUCAACCCUUCAACAGAAGAAAUCAUCACCUCUUUUUAUGUUGGAAACAAAAAUGAUGUUGAUAGAGCCGUAAUAAGUUCAAGAACCUGUUUUAAUCAUAUUUGGAGUCAAACUUCACCUACAGAAAGAAAUAAUCUUCUUAGAAAUCUUGCUAGUUUAAUAAAAAGAGAUAGAGUCCAAUUGGCUAUUUUAGAUUGUUUAGAUGCUGGUAAACCAUACCAUUCCAAUGCUUUGGGUGAUAUAGAUCAAGUUAUAGAAUUGACUCAUUUUUAUAGUGGUGCUUCAGACAAGUUUACAGUAGGUAGUACUGUUCCAAUUAGUAAAAACAAAUACUGCUAUACCAGAGAAGAACCUUAUGGUGUUGUUGCUUUAAUUAUUCCAUGGAAUUAUCCCUUUGCAAUGGCAUGUUGGAAAAUACAAGGUGCUCUAGCUGCUGGAAAUACCGUUAUAAUUAAGCCGUCAGAAUUAACCUCUUUAUCCAUCCUAUAUGCAGGUCAACUUUUCAAAGAAGCCGGAUUUCCACCCGGAGUAAUCAAUAUUAUCCCUGGAGAAGGUCAUAAGGUAGGAAUAGCACUAGCUAAUCAUAUGGAUGUAGACAAAAUUUCUUUUACUGGGAGUACAAGAGUUGGAAGAUUAAUUAUGGAAUAUUCUGGAAAAUCAAAUUUAAAAGAUGUGACAUUGGAAUGUGGUGGGAAAUCUGCAGCAGUCAUCUUUGAGGAUAGUGACCUUGAUAUUGUUCUAGAAUCAGUCACAAAGGGAAUAUUUCAUAAUUCAGGGCAAAAUUGCACUGCAAACUCAAGAAUUUACGUUCAUGAAUCCAUAUAUGAAAAGUUUAUUGACCUAUUCAAGUGUUUUACAAGAAAAACCUAUAAAUUUGGGAGCAAUUUUGAUUUAUUUGAUAAACAUUGCACAAUGGGUCCUGUAAUCUCAAGAAUACAAUAUGAUAAAAUCAAUAACUUUUUAAAUAAGAAAUCAAAGAAAGUUCAAAUAAUUACUGACCCAAUCAAUGUCGAAAAAGGCUAUUUUAUCCCUCCAACGAUUGUAAUAGAUAUAGAACAGACCUCUGAUUUAAUGCAACAAGAAAUUUUUGGACCUGUUGUUUGUGUCUACAAAUUUACAUCAUAUGAGGAAGUCAUUAAACUUACAAACAACAGUGAAUAUGGUUUAGCUGCCAUGGUAUUUUCUAACAACAUCAAUACAAUAAAUAAGUUUAUAAAGGAUGUAAAGACUGGAACCGUAUGGAUAAACUCUUCCAAUGACGAAGAAAUUUCUGUACCAUUUGGUGGGUACAAAAUGAGUGGAAUUGGUCGUGAGUUAGGAGAAGCUGGUGUUAAGUCUUUUCUUCAAACUAAAACAGUUCAUGUUCCAAUCCACUGA